AUGUCUGAUUUCCACGAAUAUAACUUUGGUUUUAUAGCUACUGGUGGCAGAACUCCAUCUCCUUUAGUUUCUAAUGCUACUUCUUUUACAUCUAUCCCAAGCUAAGCAUAGAUUUCUUAAUCAUAAAUACCUUAAUAAGUGAGAUAACAAAAAGCAGUUAAAACAUAUUCAUAAACAUAAAGUAAUAUUAAGAAUAGCCCAACUUAUGGCAUGUAUAAAUAAUAAUACUGAUUAUUUUAUAUUAGGAAUUAUAAGAC